UUAUCAUAAGAAAUAAAUAUGUACAUCGAACAAAAGAUAAACCUACAAUAUUUACUUACCUUUGUUAAUUUUCGUCCUGAAUAAUUUAUGAAAUGUAUUUUAAUUUUAACAUAUUCUGUGAUCAAAACCACAGAUUAUAUUGUACUUGAGAAUACUCUGAAUACUAUAAUCUGUGAUCUCACAUUCUCGUUCAGACUUAUUUACAUUGGUUGUGUGAUAAGUGAUAAUGCCCAACGUUCCUGUUGUCAAUAUGCUCUCGUGAUAGGCAAACAUAUGUCGAUUGUUGAAUACAGUUUUUUUCCAUUAUCUGAUCGUAUUUUUUUUAUUCUUAAGUGUAGAUUUCUAAUAACAGUACACAAUAUUAUCUUUUUUUAGGACAGUGACACAGUGUAUCAAACAGUUCUUAGUUCGUAGUCGUCCAGCAACGUUACACUUUCGAAUUAGUAGUCAAUGAAUUGUGUGACGAACAGCUUCCAUAAGGACAAUAAUUAUUUGUAAAAUCUUAAAUAACAUAUUAUUAAUUGCAUGUAAGUAUUAAUUUUAUAAUCUAUAUAAUAUUUUUUUUUAUUAAUUAGUUUUUAUUGGAUCAAUUCCCAUAUAAAUAUAUUAUGUUAAUACAAUAUUUCUUAUCGUGAGAAUAGUUUAGGUCCAUAUUUUAAAAAACUGUAUAGUUUAAUCACUGACAGAAAUUGAUUUAUUUUUUAAAUCAUUAUAGGUACCUAGAUUACUAGAGUACAUAAAUUACAGGUACCUUGUUCUUAGGAUAAAAAAAAUAUCGAAAAACGCUGAUUAUAAAAAUACUCGACAAAAUAUUUUCCGUGCCUUACAUCUUACUAAUAUUUCGUAAUUGAAUUUUCGAUUUUCCCAUUUCCCACAGAGAUAUGACAGGUUUUAAAGUCUGCUGUUUAUGAGGUCUUAGAAAAAUUUUAAUCUCUAAAAGUCUGCCUCUUGGAGUCAAAAAAUAGUCAAAGUAUUGAAAAAAUCUUCCAUAUAUUUUCCACGAUAAAAAAACAAUUGGUCCUCACAAAAAAAAACCACCUGAUGUGGACAAUCAGUCCCCUUCAUAAUUGUAUACACAACAUUUAUUGGCCCCGGUAUAUUUUUUUCCUUUACAUUUUUCUCAUCACUAAGUGUCACAAACAAGAUGUAAUUAGAUAAAAUUAUAAUAAUAGAAAACAAUUUUGUAUACUAAUACUAGGUAAUGUAUAAUAUAAAACAUUUCAUUUUUGAAAAAAAUUCACUAUAUUAUAUUUUUGAAACGUAAAACCUGCAGUAAUAAUACAGGUAGUUUGAAUAUAAUAAAAUAAUAAUUAAAGCAUAUAAAUAGGUUAUUAAUAUUUAAUAUUAAUACUUAGACUAUAUAGUAAUUUAGAAUUUCAUAUUUUUAAUAGUUGAUACUAAAAUUAUUACAAAUAGAUACAAUUUUUUUCCCUUUAUAUAUGGAAAAAAUACAAAAAAAUUUAAUAUCUCUAUUUACGAUUCUUUCUUCUUUUUUGUGUUUGGUAUUAAAACAAUUAUUUUUACAAAUAUGCCCUAUAUGUAUAUACAGUUAGAAAGUUAAACUUUAUUGAGGAAAAUAUUUUGUAACAACCAAAAAUAGUUGGUAUAGUCUAUACCAAUGGUUUUCAACCGGUGGGUCGGGACCCAAUAAUGGGCCAUGUAAACUUUAUAAUUGGGUUGUGAAAAGUAUAUUUUACUUAUACUAAAAAAUAACAUUAUAACAUUAUUACUGCUAGCUAUAUAUCUAUGUAGAAAAAAAAUAGACUUUAAACUGAAAAUGAUUUGCGGAUUGUAUUGUGUAAAAUCGAGUCGAGAUGGAAUUUUUUAUGUAAAAUAGUCACAUUAAUUUUCGCUGUUACAUAUAGUAAAAAUAUAAUUUAUUAUUUAUUCAGUUAUAUAAUAGCACUUCUACAGUGGCAUAUUAAGAUACUAAGUAAUUUCAGUUUAUUUUUGUUUACUUUUCAUGGCUAACAAAGGUAAUAUUGAUAAUGCUUCCAAAAAAUAUAUGGUAAAAAAAAGUGGAUCGCGAGGAAAAAAGAUUUAAGACCAUUGGUCUAUACAGAGUUUAUGUUUCCAGAAAAGAUAACAUUUUAAAUUAUUUGUUAUGUGUUAACUUAACAAUAAUGGUGUCUUUGACAAUAAAUAAUACAAAUAUUUUUUAAAUAAUUUUAUGAAACUUAUAAGUGAUAAAAAAUUGUAUUUAUCUAUUUGUAAUAAUUUUUGUAUGGACUAUUCAAAAGAUGAAAUUCUAAAUUAAUUAUAAAGUCUAAGUAAUAAUAUUAAAUAUUAAUGACCUAUUUAUUUAUUUUAAUUAUUGUUUUAUUUUAUUUUAUUUAAACUACCUAUAUUAUAUUACAAUUUAAAAAAUAUAAUAUGUCUGUGAAUAUAUUAAAAAAUUAAAUGUUUUAUAUUGUGUAUAACCUUGUAUUUUGGUAUAAAAAAAUUGUUUUCUGUUAUUAUUAUUUUAUUUUAUUAUAUCUUGUUAGUGACACUUAGUGAUUAGAAAAAUGUUAGGGAAAAAAUGUACCAAAAAAAAUUUAAUACUAUAAAUAAUAAUUGUCCACUUUACAUUAUGAAGUGACCAAUUACCUAAAUAUAAUGUUUAAAAAAAUAUUGUCCUAGGCUCAUUUUCCAUUCCCCUUCCUUACCUUAUCUUCAGUUAAAAUUAAUAUACCUUCAAAGUAAAUUUUAAAAUAUUGGUAAAUACUAAAGAUCUUGCAAAAUAAUAAAUGUUUUAGCUUUGAUACAUUUAAAAUGAUUCAACCAAUUUGUGUUAAUUUUAAUUAAUUUUUUUUUUAGAAUUCAGAUUAUUUAGUCCAGCAAUGUUUGCUCGUGUUACAUUUUAUCCAACAUUAUUAUAUAAUGUAUUUAUGGAAAAAGUAACCCACCGCAACUGGUAUGACAGAAUUGAUGAAAAUGUUAUUUUAGGCGCUUUACCUUUCAGAAGCCUAAGUCAAAAAGUAUUUAUUUAAUUCCUAAUGUCUAAACACAAAUGUAUUUCUCUACUAUAACAAUAUAUUCAAAUCAUUUAAUAAAUACUACUAAAAUAAUUUUUUUAGUUGAUUGAUGAAGAGAAUGUUAGAUGUGUAAUUUCCUUGAAUGAAUCUUACGAAUUGGAACAUUUCACACCUCAACCAGAUGUAAAAAUAUAAUUUUUAUUAUUUAAUACAUAUAUUAAAAAAUAAAAAUAAAUCUUAGGAAUGGUCCAAAAUGGGAGUUGAACAUUGCCAGCUGAGUACAAGAGAUAUUUUUGAAACUCCAUCUCAUGAAAAAUUAAUUCAAGGUGUUACAUUAAUGGAAUCGGUUUCAAAAGAUGGGAAAUCUAUUUAUGUACAUUGUAAAGCAGGUCGAACUCGCAGUGCUACACUUGUGGGUUGUUAUCUGAUGUCUGUAUGUAUCUAUACAAUAGUUUAGUUUCUAUUAUUAUUACUAUAAUUUCAAUACUUUCAUUUAUUAUUAUUCAUUUUUUUAUAUACAUUUAGAAACACAAUUGGACUCCCGAACAAGCUAUAGAAAAUAUUGUUUCAAAGCGUCCACAUAUUUGGUUACGAAAUCAGCAACUAGAAAGUCUUAAAAAAUAUUAUGAUGGUAAAUAAUAAAUAAUAUGCUAUAUUAACAUAAUAAAUAAAUUUAUUUAUUUUCUUAUUUGGUAUUUGUUUGGUUUUUUAUUAUUUUCCAUAGCUGUUGUAAAAGAAAAAAUUAAUGCUUCCAAAAUGGAUAAUAAAUAAACAACUACAUGCUUAAUACUAUAACAAUCAUUAGAAUCAUUUACAGUAUUCACAUAUCUUCCUAAUUAUGGACAACAAUAACAAUAGAAUUUAUAAGAUAAUAAUGUAAUAUAUUCAUAGUUCUUCUAGUUAAGUCUAGUACUAUGUAUUUUUAACGAGCUGCUCAACUCGUAUGACAUUUUUCAUUCUUGUUCUUCAAAAGAAUGUUUAUAUUUCUAUUUUAACAAAAUAAUGUAAUUAUUUUAUGGUGAAAUGUUUAAAAUAUAGGCUGUGAUAAUUUUUAUUAGGGUUAUUUUGCUUUCAUUUUAAAAUAGCCACUGUUUUGGUAUAUAUAUAACAUUAUAUCUUGUUACUAAUUUUCUUUUGUUGUUUAAUUUCUUAAUUAUUUUAGAUAAAAUACAAUCAGGUGGGGUUUAAUUGGACAAAGUAAUUUAAUGAUUCAUACAAAUUGGGAAUCUGGAUGAAUACAAUUUAAUUUAGUUGGUUGUUAGUAAAAUUUUUAUUUUACUUAUUUAUAAUCAAUAUUCAUUAUACAUGUGAUUUAUAAUUGUAUUAUUAUUAGACUUAUAAUGAAUCCAUUGACAAUAAUUUUUUAUACUAUAUGGUUGAAUAAUAUACAAAUUAUUAAUACCAUAGAUUGUGUAAUAAUACAUUUUUGAUUAUACAAUUAUAGUAUAUAGUAAAACUAUUGUAUCUAUUUUUUUAUUUUUGAGAAUACAAUUAUUUAAAAAACUUUCUUGAAAAUGUACAUUCAAAUUAUUAAUUUGUUUCUGUUGUCAACUCAAUAUCAUAUAGAAUAUUACACAUGUUACUUAAAUAUAUUAGGAAUAGUGUUUUUUAAUGGUUUGUGUUUCAAAGUUUAACAAUUUUGUUUUAUAUUUAAAUUAAAGUGUAUGAUUUUUAUCAGGAUAAUAUUGUUUAAUUUUAGUUUCUAUUUUUUUUCUGUUUGUAAACAACUUCUUUAUUGAAAAUUAACAAUAUGGGUGAAUUUUGGUAACAAAUUUUAAUUUAGUUGGUACAUUGGGAAGGUGAUAUUUUGAUUUUAUUUUAGUUCUUAUAAUUUAGUUAGAAAUAAUUGAAACCUGACAUUUUCACCAAUUACUUAUUGUAGUACAUUCUAGACAGUAAAAUUUUGAAAACAUUUUGGUGAUUUUUGAGGUUAUUUAAGGGCUUUUUAAAAUUUUUUAGUUUUAUAUGGAUAUAAUUUUGUUUUGGAAAUUUGUUUAGCAGAAAUGUUUAACAAUUUAAUACAAUAUGUCAUAAAUUGUACUUGGUUAAAAAAAGUUGAAUGUAAUAUAUAUAGUAGAUAAUUUGUUUUAUAAUCGUUUAUAGUUCAAAUUUAUAUAAAUGUUGUAAAAGUCAUAAUAUUUCAUGAAUUUCAUUUAUGAAUUUCAUAAUAUUCAAUUCAGAAUCAUUUUCCUUUGCUAUAAUUUAUCAUUUGUCUAUAAAUACAAAUUUAGUAUUUUUAAAUUUAAUAUUGUUUUCAUUAUAAACUCAGUUAGAAAAUACUUUAAAUUGUUAACUAAGAUUUAUUUUAAAUGUGAAAAUAUUAUAUUAAUUUGUAUUAUUACGAAUUAUAUAGACAUUUUAAGACAGAAAUAUAUUAAGAAAAAAAAUGGGAUUAUGUAUUCUGUAAGUAAAUAUUUGUAUUAUUAUAAUAGUUAUAAAAUAUAAAACCAUGUUAUUGUGUAGAUUAUGGAGUGGGUUCAAUUUUUAUAUUAUAAUAUUAUUUGAGUAU